CCAAGCUCUUAAUCUAUGGCUUGCAAAUAUCAUGUUGAUUCACUCUGGGCACUAUGAGUAGUGCUACAGCUCGAUUACGUACCAAGACUGGCUGCCUCACAUGUAGGAAACGACGGAAGAAAUGCGACGAACAACUCCCCGUUUGCACAGGAUGCCAUCUUUCGAGACGGCCUUGUGAAUGGCCUACGUCGGACGACCUCCUUGAUCGUCGCUUCGCCUCCCACAACCGCUCACGAUACAGAGCGGCCAAGACUGAACGAACAGAGCCAGCCGAGGAUCGAUCUCGGAAAGCACGUUCCGAAUCAAUUCCCCUCGACUCGGAACUCUGUCUCCUUUCGGAAUCGGCGGCUCACCGGGUGCUGUCUCGUGACUUGGAGAUGGUCAUAUCCCGCCACUUUGUCGACAGAUUCUAUGGCCUUUUGCUGUUGCCAAAAUGCCACCCCGGUUUCUAUGAAGGAUGGCUGACAGAGAUACAACACCUGAUGGUGCAGCACAAAAGCCUCUACUAUUCUGUCUUGGCCUGUGCUGCAUCUCAUAUACACUGCACCGAUGCGUCGUCGCAGAUGCAGGAGCUCGCUCUCAGCUAUUACUCCAAUGCGCUCAAAGAGCUCUCGAGACUUCUCGCAAGGGCUUCCCAGCUCGAAAACCACAAUGGCUUGUUAAUGUCAGUUAUGCUAUUGUACCUACACGGGUGCAUGGGGUAUGGUACGGAUGCCGAUAUCCCACGGCACGUCACUGCUGCAACGAGAAUCCUUACGCUACGACUUUUUAGCCGCCCUUUGAGCAUCGACCGGCUUUUUGACAGGCUUGCUGUUGAAAGUGUUUUGUACCAGAUAUUUCUUGUUACCACUGGUUUGUGGACGGAUUCCAAAGGGCUGGACUACGACUUUGACACCGACUUUUGGACCCAAGCCGAGGAUUUAUUGGACCGAUCGUCGUUUUUUCCCGGGCGCUCCAUGAGCUUCAACAGCCCGGUCCUUGGCAUUCCAGUCUCAUUAUAUAGACUUGCCAUUUCGCUACGCCAGCAGUGCCGGAAUCGAUCGCAAGACCAGGCCGUCCUUGAAAUAAUACGGAGCGAAGUAGAGGUGUGGGAAGCAGCGUUGCUUUGCGACCAGGAGCUGAAACUCUCAUCCCUGAAUGAACGACCAAAGACCCAAGAAAGAUACUACAGGGACGCGGCAUACCUGUACGCCAUCAUUGUCUCCAUGCUACUGGAGCAGCUGGACCAGAAUGAGAACACUGGACCUUCCCCGAUGGCGUCAGGCGACAGUUGGCAGAUAAGGAAAGCGGUUCAGAUUCUUCAAAGUCAUAGAUACGACGACGGAUGGACAAAGUGCUACAUCGGAAGCUGGCCCGUAUACACGCUGGGCUUUUUUAUGAGCUCUCCCGAGGACAUUGAACUCAUUCGAUCCGAGUUUCAACGGAGAUGGGCCCUGACCAAUUUUUCCCAGAUCAAGCGCUUCAGCCAUGACAUCGAAGCUACUUGGAGUGCCCGGGGACAGAUUGGGAAUCGUUGGGGUUGAGGCCGGUGUUGGUGCACCACAAGGGUACAAGCGAAUUGAUCUGUCGCGUCGUGUGCCAGGUGAGAGACGGCAGAAAAAUUUGCCGCGGAGGCUAAGACCGAACGAAGAGGCUUAAAACUUCCAGAGUGUAUCUGUUUGCCUCGUCCACACAACGCGUGGUUUUUGGCUUGAUGCAGUAACAUGGCGAAGCGAAGGGAUCAACUACCCUACACCAUUUGGCCGUGGCAUGUUCUUGAGCUGGAUGGAUGCUGAAUGUAUUACAAUCCGCGAACUGAUGUCUCAUUAAUUGAAUGGCUUUGCUUGGGUUCAGAGCUUUUGAUGCAUGACUCGGUGGAUGACUUGAUGCAUGUCUGUAUUCUGCGAUUGACCUGACUGGCACAUUACUUGCACCAUCAAUGUCGCCCACCAAGCGUGUUGAUACAAUGCUGAGAAUCGCUCCAAGAGUCAGCGUGUAAUUAGAG